AUGAGGGUACAAGACCAUUCAAUGUACUUCAAUUAUUUCCAAAUGCUUCCUUCGACAUUCGAUGAUUUGCUUGGACUUGUAGGCCCAUCUUUGGUCAGAAAGACAACAAACUUAGGGAAGCUGUUGCCUCCACAGUUAAGAAUGGCAGUAGCUUCACGAUACCUGGCAACUGGAGAAUCUCAAGCUUCACUUUCAUUCAAUUACAGAAUCGGGAGGUCUACAGUAUGCCAAAUACUUGACGAGGUGCCAGAAAAAAUUUUGGAAGCACUGAGCCCUCUUUCUGUGGCCCAACCAAACACUCCUGAAAACUGGAAACGCCUGGCUGACGACUUUUGGAAUUUGUGGGGUUUUCCUUUGUUUUUGGGGGCUUUAGAUGGCAAGCACUGCGUAAUUAACUGUCCUCCAAACUCAGGCAGUGCUUUCUUUAACUAUCAAGGUACAUUCAGUAUAGUAUUUAUGGCAGUGGUUGAUGGGAGUUAUAUGUUCACAUUCGUUGACAUUGGUGACUUUGGACGUCAAUGUGACUCUAGCGUCUUCAAUAAUUCUCCUUUUGGUGAAUCUUUGAAUAAAGGACGCUUGAAUAUUCCAGUUCAUGGUCACUUGCCAAACACUGAUACAAAAGUAUUGUUUUAUUUGAGAGCUUUUCCUCUCAAAGAUAAUUUACUGCGUCUUUAA